CAUGCUGGUUCAAUACUUGUGAAUAUACCACAACGAGAAGCAGGAAGGAAACUUUUAGUUGACCCCAAGAGAGGACUUCUUAAGCAAAUUACUAGGCAAUUUGAUUCAACAAAUCUGUUGAGAAAGAAAGGGGUUUCUGGAAUAAUCGGUAAUUGCAGUUUUGAAGCGGAUAGUCAGAUACAGAAUUUACUCCUUAUAUCAGAAUUUAUCUGGCCAACUCUAAUUCUUCCUGUUGCUGGAAAUAAGGUGAAUAAAUCUGUUCUUCUUACAAUAAAGAUUAAACUUUUUAUGCGAUAAUGUCAAUUUUACUGUGAUUAGGCUUAACCUACACUAGCUAUUAAUGUGCAUCAGAAUUUGAGCUGUCAUUGAAAGCCUCUCUUGCUAUUUUGCUAUUAGAUAUGUAUGAAUUACUCACGGAAUUGACAUUUGAUCUACCAUUUCAACAA